UCCCUCCCUCCAACUUGUAAGGCAACCAUUACAAUAACAUCUUCACCAAUUAUAUUGGUAAUUUCACCAAAAGAAAGCUUCUUGUUGAGAAGAGAGUAGAGAGGGCAGGAGAGAAGAUCAGAGAAACAAAUGGCUUCAACUUCAGCUGUUUCAAUGGCCUUGCCAUUAACUUAUGCAAGCCAAAAGAGGGUUCCAACCUCUGAGGCUUUCUUCAAGCCACUCCCAGCGAGGCAAUCCAAGGCUAUGUCAGCAUCAAAAUCCAGUGGGAGGUUUCAAGUCAAGGCUUCGUUGAAGGAGAAGUUGGUCACUGGAUUGACAGCAGGUGCACUUACAGCUUCCAUGGUGAUUCCAGAGGUAGCUGAAGCAGCUGGGUCUGGGGCUUCUCCUUCUCUCAAGAACUUCUUGCUCAGCAUUGUGGCUGGUGGAGUUGUGCUUGUUGCCAUUAUUGGUGCUGUGAUCGGAGUUUCCAAUUUCGACCCUGUCAAGCGGGGUUAAGCGAUGUACUAUUCUGAGAAUGUUUGGAAUUCUUUUACAACUUCAUGUCAUGUAUCUUGUUUGAUGCUUUCAAUGAUCCUCUGUGUGAAAUCUUCAGAUGUAACGUGGCCCAAGACUUGUGAAAUCUAAAUUUACAUUUCCUGUC